AUGGAAGGUGUAGUUGAAGUUAACGAAAUUUCCGAUUUUGUGUCGUACAUCAAAAGUAUUGAAUGGGGUGACCCUUGGCUCAUAGCACUCUUGUCUUUUCAUGUUGUGGUGACAUUUAUGUGUUUUUCUACUAGGAACUAUGGCAAUUUUCAAAUUAUCCUCUUUAUCACACUCUUACUCCUACAAAGGACUAUUUAUAUCUGUGGUAUUUUGUAUACCAAUAUUAUUGAACUGUAUGAUCAUGGUGGGUUCAUGGCUGUACCAGUCAACGCAGAUAAUGACGAAUUUGAAGAAGGCACAACUUCGUCAGAGGCUGAAGGAGCUGAACAUGACCAGGGAACAAAUGCAACACUGCAAAUCGGAUUAGGGUUCGCGAGUCAAUUGUUUUCAAAGGUGCUUAUAGAUUUGUAUGGAAUUCAACCGCUACGAUUUUACAAGACAAUUUCCACCACGUCCGGGAUGACCUGA